UGAGCAGCAGUGUUCGUGUCUGUGACUCUUUGGUUUUUUUGUUUUGUGACGGAGUUUGUUGUAGAAAAAGUUGGUGUCGUUGUGUGAAAAUGUCUAAAGUCCAAAUGCUGAGAGCGUUGGUGAAGCAGCGACUAACUGCGGCUGCUGAAGAGAUAUUUGGGCUGUUUGAAAGAACCAUAGAGUACGAGGAGGAACUUUGUCGUUCCAAAGAGGAGAACCACCGACAGCGACACCUGCUGGACACCGUCUUUAACGCAGAAAGACAAACAGAUGUUCAGCAGCCAGGUGGGUGUAAAGAAGAGAUUCCAGCUGAACAACAGGACCAAGACUCCAUUCUGGUCCAGGACAAUCCAGAUCCUACUGACAUUAAAGAAGAGCUGAAGGAGGCUGAUAUCAUCCAAUUCACAUUGACCCGUGCCCCUGUGAAGAGUGAAGAUGAUGAAGAGAAACCUCAAUCUUCAACACAUAUUCAAAGACAAACUAAGGCUAAGCCUCAAGCCAGCAGCUCCACAGGACACAUGAAAGCAGAAACUGAUGGAGAGGCCCACGGGGGACCAGAAUCAUACACAAAUUCAGAUCCAGAUACUGAUUGUCAACCUGAUGAGGACAAGAUUUCAGAGUGUUCUGAACCUGAAACUGAAGUCAGUGAUGAUGAAUGGAAGGAAAUGAGAGGACCUCAGCUGGGCUCAAAGACCCUGAAAGUUAAAGAAACAUCCGUCAGUGAUGUGGAAUUGAUUAAAAAACCCUUUACCUGCUCUGAGUGUGGUAAAAGAUAUGGGCAAAAGAAAAACCUGAAGAGACACAUGAAAGUUCACACAGGAGAGAAACCAUUUGGCUGUCCAAUUUGUAAGAAACGCUUCUCCUUUAGUCAAGGUUUCAAGAACCACAUGAGCAUCCACAUGGGAGAAAAACCUUUCAGUUGUUUGGUGUGUAAUAAACGUUUUACUGAACGUGGGAAUCUGAAUCGACAUGUCAGGAUCCACACCGGAGAAAAACCCUUCAGCUGUUCAAUUUGUCAAAAACGUUUCACAUGUAGCACAGGUGUUGUGAGUCACAUGAGGAGUCACACUGGAGAAAGACCAUAUCACUGCUCCGUUUGUGAUAAAGGCUUUACCAGAAAACCUUAUCUCAUCAAACACAUGUCAGUCCACAGAAGAGAAAAAACAGUUCAGAUUACAGACUGAGUGAAGAUCCACUUGAACUGUCCCUUCUGCCUUGGUCAGUUUUCAUCAUUAGUCCGUGAGCCACAAUCCUAAACUUAGCCAGUGGGUGUCAUCUGGAUGGGAGAUCCCAGUUGCUGUUUUUGACUCGGUGCACUAAUCCCGUUCACAACAUGAAAACUUUGUAGCUCAUUAGCUUUAUUACAUCAUUAUUACUGACUAGUUUCUUUUGAUUUCUGGUUUGUUCUGGGUUUCAGCAGUGUAUCCGGUGUGGAUCCUUAUGUUUGUUUUGGCAUAAGGUUUACACUGGAUGCUCUUCCUGGUGCAUGGGUGGUCUUGAGCCAGUGACCUUCUUGUUGGAGGCAAGCUUGCUAACCACCUGCACGUCCUCUGUCUGUAGGUUCAUGACUGCAGCAAAUGAGUGCGCUAAGACCUGAAACUCAAUCAUAGGAUGGAGUUUCAGUAACUCCACCAAUUACCACCACUAUGACAUCUUGA